AUGAACAAUGAAGAAUUUUUGGAAAGGUUGAUGAAAAUUACGGAAGAGAGCAGUAGAAGGGUAAUCGAAGAAGCAAAUUCAAAACAGUCUACUGAAAUCAAAGAAUACAUAAAAAGCGAGAUUGACUCACUUUCGGUACAACUAAACGAUAAACUUAAUCAGAAAAUUUCUGAAAUUGAAGAGAAGUAUAAUGAACUGAAAAUCCAGUAUGAAAAACUGCAAAAAGAGCUUAAAAAGAACAACUUGAUAGUGUUUGGUUUGAAUGCUCCAAGUGAUUGUAACUUGAUUAGCUUUGUUAUUGGCAAAAUCAACAGCCUACUCGAGCUAUCGUUGGUUCCCAGCGAUAUCAACGAUGUUUAUACCAUAGGGAAGCAAACCAGUAACAAACCCAUAAUCCUGAAACUUGUGUCAUACCUAAAGAAAAAAGAAAUCCUUAGGAACUGCAAAAAAUUAAAAGGUACAAACAUCGCUAUUGGUGUUGAACUCACUCCUGAAGAGCAAAAGGAACAAAAAAUUUUGCGUCAGCAACUCAAGAAAGCAAGGAAACAAAAUCAAAAUGCAUUUAUAAAAAACAGAAAGCUAGUCGUGAAUGGUACAGAAUUUACAGCCCACGAACUGAUUGCUGAUGAAGAAAGUUCAGACGAGGAAGAAGAAAUUGAAACAGGUCUUCAAGAAGGGUUCACUGUAGGUCAGAAAGCUGGUGCAGAUAUUAAUACACCACAUGAAGUUGCUGAAGAUCAAGCUAAAGGUAAGGAGGAACAAGAUGUCUUUAUAACAGAAAUAGUUAAGAGUACAAGCAAAAGGAAGAUAACUCAAAGUGCAGAGCCAGCCGCUAAGCAGUUAAGACCUAGGAUCAACAGUAAUCCUACAUCGAGCAAAAAUAAAGACUCCAAACAAAACUGA